AUGGCGCCCUCCAGCUCGUCCAAGCCCGCGCAUCGCUCCUCCUCCGCCCGCUCCUCGUCGCGCCCCAAGCCCAAGUCGUCGUCGUCGUCGCACCACCGCCAGGCCUCGACGCGCCCGUCCGCGUCCCAGUCGUUCCACCGCUCGUCGUCCUCGUCCCCCUCGUCCGAGUUCCGCCCGGUCAUGGGCGGCCCGAGCACCCUGUCCACCCCGCUCAACCGCAACCCGUUCCGCCCGGCCAACUUCGAGCGCCUGUCGUACGACCAGGUCGUCGCCGCCGAGAAGGCCGCGCGCGCCGCGGGCAUCCACGUGCCCAAGCCCGCCUCGGCCUCGCGCUCGGGCUCCGGCAUCAUCCUGCGCGGCCCCGAGGACCACUCCGCCUCCGCCUCCGCCUCCUCCUCGUCCCGCGCACGCGCUCCCAAGUCCCAGCCCAUCCCCAUUCCCUCGCGCCGCCACCGCGAGCCCGUCGAGAGGCCCAUGCGCGCCCGCGGCGGUGGCACCUACUCCAUGCCCGGCGCCGCCGCCGCCCGCUCCAAGGAGCACGACUCCGGCCACCCUAAAUGGACAUACUACAACCCCUACAGCGCCCAGACAGACUUUAUCGGCGUCCCGGAAAGCAUGACCGAGGAGGAUAUGAGGCCUAAAACAUACUCGAAAAAGAGUAGCAAGCUCCAGAGGAUCCCCAUCCCCUUGAAGGAGGGCUUUGUCCCGCCCCAUAUUCUCGCCCACCAGGGUAGGAAAAAGGAGAUGGCGAGGAGCUUGGAGAAACAGACCAUUCCCACCCGCUGGUUUGAGUAGGCCUUGGCCUUGAACAAGCUUUUAUAUCACUAACUGUCUUAACCAUGUAGAUUCUUUGAGCCGCCCCGCCCCGCUGAAUACUAGACAUCUCACAUGUAAAAGAAACAUAUCGU